AUGCCCACGCGAAUCCUCAUCGUCGGCGCAGGCGCCAUAGGAGCCUUCUACGGCUCCCGCCUCUCCCUCGCAACCAACACCCUCGUCUCAGCCCUCUGCCGCUCCAACUUCCGCGCCGUGCAGGCCAAUGGCUUCAAAGUGACAUCGCCGACCUACGGCGAGCAAGUCUUCAAGCCCGAGUACGUCUUCAGCUCACCGGACGACGCGCGCAAAGCGGGCAUUAAAUGGGACUAUCUCCUCGUCGCGACGAAAGCUCUCCCGGACGUGAGCGACGAUAGUGCGCUUCUCGAGGGCCUGGUCAGCGAGGGGACGAGCAUCGUGCUGGUGCAAAACGGACUCGGCGUGGAGGAGCCCUACGCGAAGCGGUUCCCGCACGCGGCAGUGUUGAGCGCCGUCACCAUCGCCAGUGCGGCGCAGCCGAGCCAUGGGGUCAUCACACAUAAUCGCUGGACGAGGAUAUCGAUCGGGCCGUACUUGCCGCAUUUGGAUCGAGGGGGCGAGGGGGCGAAGGCUGGGGAUCGGGGGGUUGUUGAGAGGAAUGAGAAGCUUGUGGGGUUGUUGCGCGAGGUGGGGAUUAAGGACGCGGAGACGUAUGAUCAUGCUGGGUUGCAGUUUGUGCGGUGGCAUAAGAUUGCCAUCAACGCCGCGAUGAACCCCAGCUCAGUCCUCUCAGGAGGCUCAGGGAACCAAGAAAUGUCGCUCGACGCGGAGCUCUCGCGACAUCUCGCAGGCGUGAUGAAGGAGGUUUUGGAAACCGCCCCUAGAGUCCUGGGCAAACCACUGCCCCCGAAACUCGCGACGGCCGAACAGAUCCUCAAUUCGACGAGGCGGAAUUCCAGCGGGAGCAAGCCAAGUAUGUGGUUGGAUUGGGAGAAGGGGGCGAGGAUGGAGUUGGAGGUGAUUUUGGGGAAUCCGAUUCGGAUUGCGAGGGAGAAGGGGUUGGAGAUGCCUAGGUUGCAGACUAUGUAUGCGCUUCUGAAGGCGGCGCAGGAGAAUCGGGAGAAGAAUGUGAAGGGGAGUCGGCUUUGA